GUUAGCAAAAUAACUGUCACCUAGUGGGGACGACGAGCUCCAGAUGACAGUAUGUCUGUUGGCACAGCCCAAAGUGAUGGUCAGCACUUUUUUUCAUUUCAUUCACAAUGAGUUUCUCUGUGAUACUGCGGGAUUUAGAUGAAGAAAAGGAGAGGGCAAUUCGUCAGCUGUUUGAAAGAAAUGGCUGGUCCUAUAAUGCUGAACGACUCCCACACCAAACUUCGAGAAAACGAGGAAGAUACCCAGUGAAUAAGGAUACGCGGGAUGGCGAUGUACUGGCCAUUGAGGGUGGAGAAACUUUGCCCCCCGGACCAGGUGCGGCACCUGAAUCAGAGAGCUUAGAUAUACAUCUAAGCUCUCUGGCUGAAUGUCCACACUGCUUCCAAGCACCUUGCAUAACAUCAGGAGCUCGCGAAGUAGAGUUCAUCGGGAAGGGACAGGCGGCUUGUCCUCAAAAUCGAGGUAUUCGGAAUAGGAUCUACACAAGGUAUUGGAAAAUGCUAGACUUUGUUGGACUCUGGAAGGACAAGAGAUACCUAGUUAGAAAAACCGCUUUGGCAGAAGGUGAAUGGGUGCUGUGCCACAGGCGUGAAGUGAUGCCCACUUGCGUCGUUCAAAAAGUUAGAACACUGUACCCAAACCCAGAUGGAGUGCCGUAUGUCGGUCAUCAAUGGGAAUAAAAAAAAAAACUAAACGAGAGGAAUAAAAACUAAGUUUAAAAAUUCCAUUGCCUUUUUGUUUGUGUUAUUUGGGUUGUUUGCCUUUGUCUCCUUUCCUGUCCUCUCUCUCACAAGGGAGAACACACAAACAAAACCAGGGGUGCUAAACUGGUCCUAACCAUUUUGAUUAUACAAGUCUUAUCCAAGUCCAGUUCUCGGUUUUGUGGACUCAGGAAGACGCAAGCACCGAUGACCUCCACAAUGGUCGGGUUAGAUAAGAAGAGAAAAGAUCGUGGGGGCACUAUGUUGCAGUCGUGAAUUGUUGGCCAUUUGUAAAAGUUCGAACAUUGCACUCAAACCGAGGUG